AUGUCAAACUCGCAGGCUCAAAGCUCACUGGCUACGUUGUUAUGGGACCAUCAGAACCUUAUCCCCCUACAAAAGAAUCUUGGGGAUGAAGAUUUAGUUUUGCUUUUAACUCCAGCUGUUGUUCCCCUAGAUCCAAGUCUCGCCCGUGCAACUGAUCCCUUUCAACCUCUUGGCCAAGCACUUUCACAGACACAUCCCUGGAUCCGGCACGUUCCUUAUAUCAAAAAGUAUGGUAUUACUGGUACACAUGUGGCAUUCAUCAAGAGAGCACGAACCAUUGUCUUCGUGCUGAGCGGAUUCUCAUCCGAUGAGGGUGCUCUUCAACUAGAACUCGCCGACACAGUUCGAGAGGUUUGCGAGGAGCGCCAUUUCGUUUUGGUGGCAUGUUGCGAAGUCCUCAAAAGCAGAGCCGAGGAAUACGAGUUCCAAACUGUAGUGCAGUGUUCAGGAUAUCUGGUAUCCGACUUGCAAGCCGUUGCCGCUCUUUUAACAACUGAACGAUCGAAGAAUUCCGAUAAACCAAUUAUCGACGACCCUCCUCCACCACAAACUUGGCCAAUUGUCAAAUGGGAUUAUAAUAACGAUCUCUCAGAAACACACGCCUUAUGGAAAAUAUCUUUUCCUGCUAAGUUUCAUCUCAAUCGAUCAACUCUUGGUUCCCUCUUGAAACGCGAUGGCUAUGCGAUGCACUAUAUCAUUCGUGAACCUCGGAACGGAAGGGUUGUUGCGUUCUGCGCUACUUUUACGACAUUUACAGAUAGCAGUGGUGAUCGUUUGAUUGGAUCCAUAGCAGCCAUCAUUGUCCAUAAAGAUUACCAAGGCCGGGGAAUCGGUCGCAGGCUUCACAAUGAGGUUGUGGGCAAGCUUAACGGGAUUCGAGGAGUGGGCGUCAUUCAACUUGGCAGCACAUUUCCCAGACUACUUUACGGCUUGCCAGCUUCCAUGGCUAGCACAGAAUGGUUCGAGAAAUUGGGAUGGAAGUUGCAGGAGUCUAUACCUGGUCAUGGCCGGCUUGUUAUAGAUUGGCUCUUGAGAUUUUCCAAUUCUCCUGUUCCCGAUUUGGCUUCAGCUGGUCUAACCUUUAGGCCCUGCCAACUCUCUGAUUACCAGCAGGUUAUAGAGAUUGCGACCAAAGAGUCACAGAAAAGACAUGGGUUCGGAUGGUACGACCAAUACGCCAAAACUAUGGACAGCUCUUAUAUGAAUGACAUGGUUGUUGGCCUUGAGGGAGACAACCUGGUUGCAGCGGCAAUAACAUACUUUCCCAACGACGGAAGCCCCUGUGGUACAGACAUCCCCUGGCCAGCUGCGAUAGAACAAAAUAUUGGAGGCGUUUCGUGUGUCUGCAUUAAAGGCAAGUCACUAGAUAAUCGUUGA